UGGGGAUCGGAUCAUAAACUUUUAUCACUCCAUCUCUUCCUUCCUGUGAAGGAUCGAUUGACAACACCGAAGCAGCAGCAGCAACUGAUGAUGAUGAAUCGCGCCAAAUCUAACCUGCAGUUUCAUCAUCAACCCGCUUGGCAAACAAUAAUGCCGCGGCGGCCUUAUUUCCCCCCGGAAAUCGUAGCUGAGGUGUUGCAAUGGCUGCCCGUCAAAUCCAUCUUAAAAUUCAGGUGCGUUUCGAAAUUGUGGCUCUCCCUCAUCUCCAGCGACCAUUUCAUCCAAUCCCGACCGAAAAAGCCCAGAGUUUUAACAAAAUUCAUGACCAGAUUCUCAUUACAGUUCAUGGACUGUUGUUGUUUGGAGUCUGCGCUGUGUAGCCGAACUUGUGGUGAGAUGCCCAUCCCCUUCCCCGUGGAAGCGGAUUGCGAAAGGAUUUCCAUUGUGGAUUCGUGUAAUGGGCUGCUUUGUCUCGCUACUGACCAGCAUGUCAUCUUGUGGAACCCUGCUAUUAGAGAAUCCAAAAUGGUACCCCAUGUGGCCGCCGCAGAGGUGGAACCAAGGCCAUACUAUCAUGAAAUUGGGUUUGGUUUUGGCGAAUCUUGCGGUGAUUAUAAGGUAGUGAAGCUCAUUGAAGGCCGUGAGGAUCAACCUGAAUUGCUCCGGAGAAUAGUAGUAAGUGUUUACAGUCUCAAGACUGACUCUUGGAAGACUAUAGAGAAUAUUGAGGGCAAAUUGAAGUCUCCUCAAGGGAAAUUUGUGGAUGGGAAGCUUUAUUGGCCGAUGGUAUAUACUUGUGGGCAUAGAGAAUGGAAGCAAUAUUCAGGGAAGGCAGUGGUGGGUGUUCUUUGUCUUGAUGUGAAGACAGAGACAUAUGAAGAAAUUGAGCCGCUUUCACCGAAACCUGAUGCUCCCAAAAGCCUGACGGUGGCUGUGCUUGACGGGCGCCUGUGUCUGCUUUCUAAUUCUUCUAACAAUGAAAAAACCUUCUGGGUUCUGAUGAAGAACAAGCAGCAGCAAUCACAAAGUUGGUCUAAAAUGUUUAGAAUUUUCGCGGGGGGUCGUGGGAUGGGGCAAACAACACCGUUAUACAAGCUCAGUAAGAGUGAGUUGCUGCUCCAUUGUUAUGACAGCGUGAUGAUCUACAAUGCUAAAGACAAGAGUUUUAGGUACACUGGACUAAGCAAGUGCUCUUCUGCUCAUGUUUAUUUUGAAAGCAUGAUUUCUCCUGCCAAGUAUCAUCAGCGCAGCUAGCUAGCUGUUCAUAAAUAACAAAGAAAUCAAGGUGACUUGUAUUAGUUGUAGAUAGGAGCAUACAUCUAUGGAUGACAUUGCGCUCAUGUGGAUUGGUAUCUGAUUGAUUUCCUAAUGCUCCAUAUGUACUGAUAUGUAUAGGCUACUGCCCUUUUUGUUGCCAGUUCUCGCUUGGUGAUAUAUUUUGAUUGAUUUACAUAUUUUGGCUCAUAUACAUUUCAUUUCACAAGCAACACUCACUCUGGU